AUGGCGGAUCUUGAAGUGGGUUUUGAAAAGCAAACGUGAAGAAGGAAAAAUCAAAGGCACACGAAAAUAAAGAUCCUAUUAGCUGUUUAUUAAUUUGGACAAAACAUCGAAGGUCAAAUAUGGAAGUAUACUCCAAAGCUUCUAGUGUUUCUGACGCAGAGGAAGUCAAAGAGCCUUGUGAAGUUCAAAUCAAGAGUGGCAAAAAGAUUAGGGCUUGUAUUUCACAGGCUCUCAAGAUACUGCAGACUACAAAAGAGAAAGUCAUCAUCACUGGAAGUGGCCCAACAGUAACCAAAGUGAUAACAACAGCUGAAAUUGUAAAGAGAAAAGUUAAGGGCCUUCAUCAACAGAAUACUUUGUUUUACAACAAAACUGAAGAUUUUUGGGAACCAAAACAAGAGGGGUUAGACAGGCUUAAGGUGACAAGAAAUAUUCCAUCCAUAAGGAUACUUUUGUCAAAAGUACCUCUUGAUGAAAAAGCACAUGGAUACCAGGCACCUGGAGUAUCUCAGCCAUUAAUACAGUUUAGAGAUGAAGACAUAGAGCUGGCUGAUGAACAGUAUGAAGGCAAAAGUCAUUUAAGACAAUCUCCGCAUCAGCACCAAAGAACUGGGUUUAAAAAUAACCGAAAACAAAAACCAAAGUCACAUACAAAACAUUCAAAUCAAAAAGGAGAGGAGAAAAGUGAAACAGAGAAAGGAGAUGAUGGAACACACAAAGACCGUGAAGUAAAAAGAAGCGUACCACAGAGUAGGGGAACGAGAAGGAAGCAUGGAGGUUACCAUGGUGGACAACAACUAUCAAAAAGACAACAUUCAGAUAAAGAAAUGCCUAAUCAAAAGACUGAAAUACCAAAAAUUGAUGAAAACACAAAUGGAACAGCAAAAUUAAGACCUCCCCAGGCAUCUUCAUAGUAUAGAAAAUAUUUAUUGUCAAUGCUGAUUUGGGAUUUAAUUUUGUUAUCUAAUAUUUUGCACUAUUCUGAGCAAGAGUGCUUUCACAAUUCCCUUCUCUUCUCUUUCUUGUCUAAAUACUUACAAUCAGCUGCACAAGAAAAAAUUCAUAAAAAAUAAGAUCUACUAUCCGGAAGCACCAACCGAGACCACUGAACAAGUUAACCAAUCACAAAACAGAGGAGUUGAAAUUGUUCUGUCCCUUUAGGUAGACAUCACCUUUGCCUUUGGCUCAGUCAAUGAAAAUUCCCAAAAAAUCUUGACCAACUUUUAUCUAUAUCAUCUUUGGAACCAAGGGCUCAAGAAACAAUCAAAAGAAUUUCAGUCCUGGAUUCAGGACAAGUGUUCAAAAACGAGGUCACCCAGUCAUUAGUUUACGAUAAAAGAUAUAAAAGCACAUGAAAUGCAUUAAUGGAAGAAAAGUAUUUAAAUUGGCGCUAUCCACCUUCAUCUUGAUUUAGCAGCCUUGCAAGAUUGAAAGAACCUACAUAGCACUCAGUUGGUGUAAUAUAUUCAGAAAAUCUAUUGUAUUGUAUUGUCGUUCUAUCUAUURUAUUAGGUGUGAUUCAUUAUAUUUUUUAUGAACACAUUACAACAACUGCUUGCUACGUACAGGCUCUCCCUUGCAAGAUCACGGGGUGAUCUCAUUUCUCGUUUUUGUACGCUUGUCAGUCAUUAUGAGAAAGGUGUAUAUAUGUAUAUAUAUAUAAGCUUUGGUUAUCUUUUAUGAUUUUGCUGCCAUUGCAUUUUCAAUGGCCAUGGAUAUGAUGAUUACAUAAAGCAUUUCAUGAAAAGUUUGGGCAUUAUUUCCUAAAUACAGCUUAUUAUGUAUUUGAUAAAAAUGAAAAAGUAGCUCAUUGGCAGAUCCAGAAUGAUCUUAAGUUGGAUGGCUGCUGCCUUAUCCUCUAUUCUUAUGAUUAAUCUCCAAAGGGGGUGACUAGACACCUAAUCCACCCCCUGGAUCUGCACCUGUUGCUAUUAAACAGCAGUACUUGACUCUU